CCGGCGGCCUCUGAAGGCAUCACUGUAUGUCCCGUCAGGCUGCCGCGUGCUUUGGUAAAGUUCGGCUAAAGUUCGGCAGAUACGGGUUCGGGAGAACAAGGCGACUUCCGGGAUGAACGCGGUGUUGCUACGGUUUGUUGCGCCGAGGGUGGGCGCGUGGAGAGGUUUCCAUGUGGGAACUCCAUCAGUGACUUUUGACCUGAGAAAGGUUGAACUGACACCUCUGGAGCAGAGAAAACUGACCUUUGACUCCCACGCCAUGGUGUUGGAGCUGGAGAAAAGCGGUUUGGAGAAGCGUCAGGCUGAGCUGAUUGUUUCAGCUCUCGUCACGCUGACCACAGCCAACAUGGACAUAGUCUAUAAGGACAUGGUGACCAAAUCCCACCAGGAGAUUGCGGUGCAGCAGAUCAUGUCUCACCUGGACUCCAUCAGGAAGGACAUGGUGAUCCUGGAGAAGAGCGAGUUCGCCAACCUACGGUCUGAGAACAUGAAAAUGAAGCGAGAGUUGGAGCAGCUGCAGAACAGACUGAAGGAGGAGAGCGAGAAGGUCCGAGCAGAAACCAAACUGGACAUCAACCUGGAGAGGAGCAGGAUCUCUGACAUGUUCACUGAUCAGGAGAAGAAGCUGAUGGAAGCCACGUCAGAGUUUUAUCACAAGAAAGCCGACCUGGAAAACGACAACAUGGAGAUCAACAAGAAGAUCGACCUGCAGGUGGCUUCACUCAAAACGGUGCUGGAGUCCCUGAAGCUGGAAACGAUCCGAUACCUGGCAGCCACCGUCUUCUCUUGCCUCGCCAUCUUCCUGGGAGUCUACCGGUUCUGGAGGUAACGGAUCAGCAUCAGAACCAGGUCCAGAGCACCAGUCGAUACUUCCUUAGUAUUUUAGUAACAAAGAUGUUACAUUGCGGGUCAGAACGUCCCAGAAGAACAAAUGAAGGCGAGGAAGACUUUGUUUCUGUGACCUGAUGCGUAGAAGAAGUUGGAUUAUUUUGGAAUGGUGUGUGACGUCGCCCUCUAGUGGCCGCAUGGAGCAGGAGCAAUUUAUCUUGUUCUAAAAUGUCAUAAAAAGCUGAUUUUACUUCUUUUCUGUACUGAUGGUUUCUUUUUGAUGGGUUCUGCUCAGAACAUCCAGACAGGUCCGGUUCAGGUAUGAACACACCUGGAUCAGUCAGAACCACUCAGUGAAUAAAUCAGUUUAAUAACAAACCCAAAACCUUCUAAUAUGCUUGAAUCGCACCAGCUACUGGAUUCCCUUGUUUCAACCAGAACCCUGAGAAAUUCUGCACGUUGUCAUGACAAUGGAGUUGGUUGCAAAGAGCUAACAUGGCGUUAUUUCUCUAAACAAACUUUGUUUUUCAUCCAGAACUACACAUGAAAUGAAUUAAUUUUUCAGAAAUAUCAAAUAAAAAGGAAUGAACCCGUUUCAGAACAUUUGGGUUUACCUAAGCCCACUAAAGGUCAGAUGAUACAUAUAAGGCCUUCAACACCUGAUUAAAGUGUUUUUGAAGUGAACUGGUUCUCCUCUUUGUUUCCAUUAACCCUUCAGGAACCUUUAUUGUGAACAUACACUUUUUACCCUUAGGGCUCUUCAUUGUAUCUCUUAUAAAAGUGUAAUAAAACUUUAAUAUUUAAAUCUU